AUGCCCAACUGGUUUUCGAAGGCGAGCACUGCUCUCGCCAUCUCUUUUGCGACCCUCUCGAACGUUCGACCGGGGCGCCUUUUUGUGGAGGACCCCAAUGUCAAAGCCCCAUGCUGGUUUUCCCGCAGAAACACAGACCUUUUCCACGUCCCCGCGCAGAUCCUGCGUAUCCUGGUCCAAGUCAUCCUCGCCCCCAUUUACCUUUUGACCCCGUACGUCGUCUAUGAUCAGAUAUCGAACUACACCAGUGCAUCUUGGGCCUUCGAACUCACAUCUACGCCUGAUGCGGUACUAACCACGGCUCCAGGCGGUGGUGCGGGAGCAUACGCACCCACAGGUUCUACUCCACGGUGGUUGCUGAGCGUCCAGAUCGUAGAUGGUGAGAUUACAGGCGUACAACAAGUUGCGUGGUCGGAGGAGGUCAGGAACCGGGGUUACACCGCGCUUAGCUAUCCAAUGGAUAGCGCAUACGUAUUAUUCCAGGAGGCCGGAUUGACUGUGGAGGCUCCGUCGACAGAGAAACGGCGGUUCACAUUAAGGGACCGAAAACGCAUCGCUGAAAGACUCCUCAUCGAGUACUGCUCUGCGACUCGUGAUACGGGCAACCACACCGAGUUUAUAUGGCUGGACGAAUUCUGCUUGUCCGAUAUUACACAGCCUGAGGACAGUCCAGAGAGAUCCCGAGAGCUCGGUCGUCUUGCUGAUAUCUUUCGCAACGCAUCCCAAGUCGCCGUCUUCUGCCAUGAGGAGAAUUGUGACCAUACCUCGACUACCUGCAUCUGGGGUACGCGCCUCUUCACUAUCGGCGAAAUUCUCCACGCCUCGGCAGUCAUCCGCCUCACCAGGCGGCGACAGCAGGACCCAUCACGUUCACUGAAGACCCACGCGUACAGGGACACUGCUCGUGCCUUCCGCGAGCAGAUGCAGACCAAGGCCGCAUAUGAUAACCGUUGGCAUCUGUACGCCAUCAUGCAGCACUCGACCAAUGCCGGCUCAGUUUCUUGGCAGAACGCUAUUCAUGCACUCGUAGUCGAAGCUAUCACUCGGGACCUUGCCGGGACAGGAUUCGAGGAACAUAAGUUCCUCGGGAAGGCAUUGAAUGGGUUGUUACCUCGCCGGGCGCGGCUCGAGGACCUGAAAGGAGAAGAUGGAUGGACGGAUCUUGCUUGGCUGUUGGAGCUAAACCAAGGAUUUUACAAUGCGGCAAGCUUGGCGGCGGUUUGCAGCUUGGGAGCAGGCGGUUGGCUGGGACCUCCCAUUCGACCUUUAGCAGGGAACGAAAGGCUUGAACCAAUCGUCCAUGCGUUUCCGGUGGGAAUGACAGAAGGCAUGGGUAUCAUGACUCCGCUGUGUGUCAUCGGAAGCAAGACAGUAGGGUUGCGAGAUUCACUGGAAAGAGAUCCCCUUGGGCUGUACAACAACAAGGACAUGCGCGGGCUUAAAUGGCUGUCUCUGUUCAUCCUCUUCUUGUUAUGGGUGAUUGGACUGGCCAUGAUUAGCGUAAACUGGAAUUUCUUCGUCGCAAUUGUUUGGAUCAGCUCCAGCGUAUUCGUCAUACUUGAAAUGAUGGUAGGAACGAUAUACCUGCAGCGUGAUGGGUGGAUAUUCCUCGACGAUAGCAUCUGGGGACACGAAACUCAGCAACGCCUUGGUAUGCAAGAUCCAAAACUCGCAGAGCUCAUUGAGUGGGGAGACCGCCAGCUCAUCCCGAAUUGGAGCCCGCCCGGUGAGAAGAAGGAGCAGAGGAGCAACGGGACGUUAUUGGACUUGAAUAACGGGGUGAUGAUGAAGGUCCUCGUGUCGGAUAAGCCCAGUGUCGCGUCGAACAAGCCCGACGCCCUGAUUGCGCUUGCGAUCCACGGCUGCGGGGUGACGUCCAUGCUCGUGAAUCGAACAGAAGAUCCGGAGGACAUUGUGAGAAAGGUUGGUAUGUGCAAUGUUCCACCGUAUGUGUUGGCGCAGACGGUCCGCUCUGGCACAUUGUGUAUUGGCAUUCCUUCAGAAAUCAAGGAAAGCAGAGACACUCAACGGUAUCUUACAGAAUUUUUGGUGCACAUACUUUCAGAUAGCCUGUUCCUUAUGGACCUUCUUCCCGGAACCAAGCGACACGUAACGCCUCGUGUUUCCAUCUUGAAGAUGUAUGGCUCACGCCUAACCCCAGGAUCACGAAUAUUUCGAAGAUGCUUCACCUCCACUCACGUUCCCCAAAGAGUGUUCAUCCUACCCGACUUCCGAAAUUUCGACACCCACAUCCCCGACAAUGCCAACGCCGUGCGUUUUCGCGACAAAGACAAAGACAUAUCCCAGGUCUUCCGAUGUUUCAAAAACGUCGAACACCUCCAAUUCUUGGAAAAGAACAUGUCAUUCGUCUUUGAUGACCCUUUGCUAAUGGAUACUCUUACCAAGAUGCCUCUCAAAUCAUUGUACUUCCAAUCAGCCAUCUUCCACGAUAUCAACCAUCUCUGCUCGUUCAUACGCCGCUUUCCAACCGUAACAGAGCUUUACUGCUCGCGCCUACGUCUUCACCAGAAGAGGCCUCUUCGGAGAUCGCUCCUGGUAGACGAGGGACCGGCCCUUCAAACAAUCCGAAUGGACAGUGAUGACCUAUGGCACGCAGCUUUAGACGGAUCCUUCGGGACCAUUAACGAGAUCCGCAACAUUACCGUGAUGGAUGUGAAGUACAAGCAACUGCCCGAUAUAGGCCUGUUCCUCCAAAAGACUGCCCAGGAAGGUAACCUCAAGAAAUUCAAUAUGAGGCAUAUGCACGGGUUCGACGUCAGAGGCGCGUUAGCUUCGAUUUCUCACUUUUUCCGCUCUGACCUUGCUUCAGAUAGGGCUAAGGGUAACUCAUCAUGGAAGCGAAACCCCGCUCCUCUCGAACUCUCACAUCUGAAGUCCCUCGGCAUUGACAUCCACGGACGGUAUAAACUCAUCGGCAUCAAGCAACCAGUCGUCAUAUUAAAAUGGUGGAUAGACAUGUUGAAAAAUUUGGCUGAGAAGGGUCAAGCGUCGAAUCUCAAGGACCUGACAAUCGUCGUAGGAAUAUGCAAGCCAGAGCCAUAUGUCGUUGAAGACCUGGAUGGAACAUGGCGGCUGCUCGAUUACCUCUUAACGCAGGACUUCCCUGCAUUCAAGUGGCUGCGCGUGGUGAUCAAGGUGUUCCAACCUACGACCAUAGAGAAUGGAGAAAGCCACAAGAAAAUUAUAGAAGAAAGUUGUCCUCGUUUGCUGGAGAGAAAGAUGAUUAGGGUCGGGUGUGGACACGUACAGUCUAGUAACAAUUUGUACACGAUGAAUAAUUUAUUUUGA